GUGUAUCCGAAUUGUUUGGCAUUAGAAAAAAAUUAAGGUGACACGUCCACCCACCCUGUCAAUGAUCCACGGUUUCACGAAUUCUGCAUGACAAAUUUUCAUGUUUUAACUAUUAAAAAUGCCGUUGCGACUGGAUAUCAAGAGGAAGCUGACGGCCAGGUCGGACCGCGUCAAAUGCGUGGAUCAGCAUCCUACAGAACCCUGGGUGCUUUGCUCAUUAUACAACGGCGACGUCAAUAUAUGGAAUUAUGAAACUCAUACACAGAUCAAGAGAUUUGAGGUGUGUGAUCUGCCUGUGCGUGCGGCAAAAUUUGUGCCGAGGAAGAAUUGGGUGGUCACAGGUUCAGAUGAUAUGCAGAUAAGAAUAUUUAACUACAAUACAUUGGAAAGAAUUCACAAUUUCGAAGCUCACUCAGACUAUGUGAGGUGUAUUGUCAUUCAUCCCACACAGCCUUACAUAUUGACCAGUAGUGACGAUCUUCUUAUAAAGCUUUGGAAUUGGGAUCGCAACUGGGCAUGUCAGCAAGUAUUUGAGGGACACACCCAUUAUGUAAUGCAAAUUGCAAUUAACCCCAAGGAUAACAAUACAUUUGCAAGUGCUAGUCUUGACACAACUGUUAAGGUGUGGCAGUUAGGUUCUUCAAUCUCAAAUUUCACCUUAGAAGGACAUGACAAAGGUGUGAACUGUGUUGAUUAUUAUCAUGGUGGUGACAAACCAUACCUCAUUAGUGGUGCUGAUGACCGUCUCGUCAAAAUCUGGGACUAUCAGAACAAGACUUGUGUACAGACACUUGAAAGUCAUGUUCAGAAUGUCUCUGCUGUUUCAUUCCAUCCCGAGCUACCAAUACUUCUAACAGGUUCCGAAGAUGGAACAGUUAGGUUAUGGCAUGCAGGUACUUACAGACUAGAGUCAUCUCUCAACUAUGGAUUUGAACGCGUAUGGACUAUAUCUGCAUUGCAUGGUUCAAACAAUGUCGCUAUUGGUUAUGAUGAAGGCACCAUCAUGAUAAAGGUGGGUAGGGAAGAACCAGCUAUAUCUAUGGAUGUGAACGGAGGCAAAAUCAUAUGGGCUAAGCACUCUGAAAUGCAGCAGGUUAACUUAAAGGCAUUACCCGAAGGUACAGAGAUCAAGGAUGGUGAACGUGUACCAGUGGUUGCAAAGGACAUGGGAUCCUGUGAGAUAUACCCUCAGACCAUCGCACACAACCCCAAUGGCCGUUUUGUUGUUGUAUGUGGUGAUGGGGAGUACAUUAUAUACACAGCUAUGGCACUUAGAAAUAAGGCAUUUGGGACUGCCCAGGAAUUUGUAUGGGCUUUGGAUAGCUCUGAAUAUGCUACACUUGAGAACUCGAAUACUGUGAAAGUAUUUAAGAACUUCAAGGAGAGGAAGAGUUUUAAGCCGGAAUACGGUGCCGAAGGUAUCUUCGGUGGGUUCAUGUUGGGCGUGAAGUCAAUUAGUGGCAUGGCGUUUUCAUUCUACGACUGGGAACAAUUGGAACUUAUAAGAAGGAUCGAGAUCCAACCACGUCACGUUUUCUGGUCGGAGAGUGGAAACCUGGUCUGCCUUGCAAGUGACGAAUCUUAUUUUGUACUCAAAUACAACCCUGCUGUGGUCACUAGAGCGAGAGAGACGAACACAAACAUCGCUGAGGACGGUAUCGAAAACGCUUUUGAGGUCGUUGGCGAGGUGAACGAGACCGUGAAGACGGGUCUAUGGGUAGGCGACUGCUUCAUCUACACGAAUUCCUUGAACAGGAUAAAUUACUACGUCGGUGGAGAAAUCGUGACCGUGUCCCAUCUCGACCGCACCAUGUACAUCCUUGGAUAUGUUCCUAAAGAAAACAGGUUGUACCUAAACGAUAAGGAGUUGAACAUAGUUUCGUACUCGCUGCUGCUCCCCGUGCUGGAGUACCAAACGGCGGUGAUGCGAGGCGACUUCGAGACGGCGGACCGAGUGCUGCCCACUGUGCCUCACGAACAUCGCACCAGGGUCGCGCAUUUCCUUGAAAAGCAGGGCUUCAAGCAACAAGCUCUUGCAGUAUCUACGGAACCGGAACACCAGUUCGAACUGGCCCUGGCACUGGGAGAGUUAAAUCAGUGCAAGCAGCUGGCUGAGGAGGCAGCGCGCAUUGAGGGAGGGGAAGGAGACGGUCCCUCUCGGUCUUCAGCAGCAAGGUGGUCGAGACUCGGAGCAGCAGCAGCCGCUGCAGCGGAUACGGAUCUCACGAAGACAUGUUAUCAAAACGCACACGAUUACAGUGCUUUGUUGCUGUUUGCUGUCAGCACCGGCGAUAAAGCGUUGCUGGAAGACGUAGCGCGAAUGUCAGCGGCGGAAGGAGACGACAACAUCGCCUUCGCGUCGUACUUCACUCUGAAUGACCUGGAUUCCUGCCUGCAGCUGCUCAUCAAGAGGAACAAGUUGCCAGAAGCCGCAUUCUUUGCCAGAUCGUACAUUCCAUCGAAGAUGAGCGAGGUGGUGAAGAUGUGGCGAGAGGUUGUAUGCGCUACUAAUAAGAAGUCUGGCCAGUCUCUCGCCGACCCCGAGCAAUAUGACAAUCUAUUCCCUGAGUUUGAAGAAUCAUUAGCGAUAGAAAAGUUCCAGCGCGAGUUUGCCUCCGAAUAUCACACACAGAUGUCCAAUCUGACAGACAAUUCCAAGAUAUGCAACAUAGAAAGGGACCUGGCGCAAGAGAAGGCGGACAUGGAGAGCCGAGGGCUCUGGAAACCAGGCCCGAAUGAUGAAAGAAGUACUGCGAAAAGGAUAUCGGAUAGUUUAGAAGAGACAGCCGCUGAUAGGAAGCGUAAAGACUCGCUGGACAUGGAGGAGAUAGAACGAGAGAUUGAUGACAUCGUGUUGGAUGACACCAUCAACGACCUGGAUUUGUCGGACGACGCCGAUUUAAUUGAUUAAUGAAUAGUUAUAUUUUUUAUUUUAUAUUAAUAUUACGAUCAUCAUAAAAGUGUGUAUUUCCUAAAGUGCUAAUACGUUUAAGAUUAUUCUAGUAUUAUACACAUUUUUUUUUUAAAAAAACUUCUUUACUUCGUUCACCGUUCUCAUCUUCGUCUUAAUUGUCAUUUAUUUGCAUUAAUACAAUAAAUUAGUAAUACGUAGUUAAGCCAUGUUAGUAGUCAAUUAGCUUAUUCGCGUUUUAAAUGGUAGUCAAAUGCUUUGAAUUACAAGCUCAGCGUUGGCGUUGCCGGAUAUGUUUUAAAAGAUUUGAAAAAUAUAUAUAUAUUUUCUUACUCAGUGUUGGACAUAUUGUAGUUAGAAUCCCGUUGGCGGCUUGUUAAAUUGGACGGUAUGUAAUUAAUUCCAAAUAUUUCAACUCUUAGUUCUCAGUUCUCAGUUCAUAGAUCAAAAUUAAUGUCGUAAUUAAAUUUAAAAAAAAAAAUGAUCAUUUGAAUUUUAGGUACAAUAUGAUUCGGUCCGUUCUUAUUUGUUACUUCUGACUCUACCGUACUUGUGUGAUUUUCGCUUGUUGGCGCCCGUGCCUCAGAGCGGCCUCGUGACGCCGAACCAGCCUACCGUUACGUAUUGACUGCCGACCUCUGGCAAAAUACAACUGAUGAAAAGUCUGUGCCUUUGAUGAUAAUUUAAAUACAAAUUUACUAUGGUACAUAAUAUAAUAACUACAGCCCUGUACUUAAACAUUUAAAAAAAUAAUAGUGAACUCUUUAUUUAUCUGCAUUUUAUCGCACAAUAUUAUUAAUAAUAUAAUAUUAUAAAAUUGAUAUUGAAAAUAUUUAUUAUAUAAUGUUAAAGAUUGUUUACGAUUACCAUUAGGACUAUAAGUGAAAUAUUCUUGUUUUGACAAUGCUGUAUAUUUGAAUAUGAUAUCGUAUAAUAAAUUAAAUAGGCUAUAACACAUAUGUAACAAUUUGUGUUACUUAAAUAUAAUAAUUGGAAAUACCGUUCAUCGUUAAAGUUGCAUUAAUUAUAUUAUAAAUAAAAUGAAUCGUCUGUUCACUUCCUAAUAUUAGUCUUGUAUUAUAUAAUAAAUAAUUUAUGAGAAAAUGUAAAAUAUUGUUUUCUUAAUUAAAGGAAAUACUUAGUAAACGCGUUGUUUGUUUUAACAUCCAUAUUAUAACAGUUCAUAUAGUUGAAUGUUACUCAAGUAUUAUUGGUCCGUCGACUGACAAUUAGGACGAAGGAGCACUGUACAAAAGCUAUUCGUAAUGUACUUUAUAUAGAUGAUAUGACGUCACGCUAGUAUAAAUGUUUGUAUGCCACAAUUAUUUACAAAAUGUAUUGUAUAUUCCAUGUGAAUUGUUAUAUAGAAAGUGUUCUCGCAAUACGUUUUAAUUAUCAAUAAAGUUUUGAACUAUA